UAGGUCAUAGUUUUUCCCAUCUGGUCUUUCCUGCAAUAACAAAGAAGUCCAAGCUCCCUGGUACUAAUCCACCAGUGGUUACAAUGUCCCAUACUUGAUGAGAAUAUAAUUAUUCUGCCACCAGUUACACCCGCAAGCAAGAAGAGGAAGAGAAGACUCUGAUCUUCCUCCUCCUCCUUCUGAGUUUCAAGAAUGGGUUCCACGGUCUCCACACAGGUCCAGAAAAGAAAGGCCUUAUCAACAGAGAAGAAGGUCCUGUGUGAUCUCCACCAAUCCUGUGGCUGCGAUUUCCCCGGCUGCGACUACCGCCCGCCAGAUAGGAAAGCCUGGAUGGCCGGACUUGGGCCGGAGAAACUCCACAUAAACAAGAUUGUUUGGCCGGGAACCCACGACUCCGCGACUAACAAGAUCGGCAUACCCUUCGUGACUCGCCCUUUCGCUCAAUGCCAGAGCCUGUCCAUCUACCACCAGCUCGUCCGGGGAACGCGGGUCCUGGACAUCCGGGUCCAGGAGGAUCGCAAGGUCUGCCACGGGAUUCUAGUCACCUACAGCGUCGACGUCGUGAUCCGGGAUAUCAAGAAGUUUCUAUCGGAGACUGAAAAGGAGAUUGUGAUUCUCGAGAUCAGGACUGAAUUCGGGCACCCGGACCCGCCGGACUUCGACAAGUACUUGGUUGACCAGCUAGGGGAAUUCCUGAUCCACCAGGAUGACCAUGUCUUUGGGAAAACGGUCGAGGAAUUGUUGCCGAGGAGGAUAAUCUGUGUUUGGAAACCUAGGAAGUCGCCUCAUCCGAAAGCGGGCGAUCCUCUGUGGAGCGCGGGGUAUUUGAAGGACAAUUGGAUUGACACCGAUUUGCCAUCGACUAAAUUCGACAGCAACAUAAAACAUUUGAGCGACCAGCAGCCAGCGUCGUCCAGGAAGUACUUCUAUCGGGUGGAGAACACAGUCACGCCAAAAGCAGACAAUCCUGUCUUGUGCGUCAAGCCAGUGACAGGCCGAAUCCAUGGGUACGCACGGCUCUUUAUAUCACAGUGCUUUGCAAAGGGUUGCGCUGAUCAUCUGCAGGUUCUGUCGACGGACUUCAUCGACGAGGAUUUUGUCGAAGCGUGUGUCGGGCUCACACAUGCCAGGAUAGAAGGGAAAGCAUGAAAUUCGAGUGAUUUUUUCUCUGUAUUAUUUGUGUAAAUGUCACGGUCCCUGUAUUGAGCUUGAGAUCUCCUUCCCGCUACCAAAUCAUCUGCAUCAGAGGUGACAGUUAUUGAUUUGGGGUCAGAUGGUAUGUAAGAUUUGUUUGGUCUUAAGUUAAUGUAUUUGUUUGUUUGUGGUUUAUUGUGUACAAAGAGUUGUCUGUGUAAUCAAAUAAUGGUAUGAGAUGAAAAUGCGUCGGCACUCU